UAAUAAUUCCAAACGAAAGGGCGAAUCGUGACAGAAAAAAGUCGGGCGUGUGUUGAUCUGAAAGACGAUAAUGAAUUUAAAAAUACUUUUCGGAUUUAUGGCUGCGCAUGUCAAUGUCAUUUCAAUGUUGUCAAAACCCUUUUUCUAUGUUAACGUGCCAUGUGCAACAACUGUGGAAGUUAACUGCACUGAUAUUUAUAAUGCUUACGGAAUCUGGAUAUUUUACAAAAAAAGCCUAGAGAAGGGUGUGCAAAACAUGCAAAAAGUAGUUUUUAAUAAAACGGCAUGCAGUCAAUUUAAACCUUCAACGAUUAAGACAACGCAAUGUAAGUGCUUACAUCGAACAGGUGUCACGUGCACCAUUACUGAUGACAAUAUGGUAAAUAUUGGCGACCAAUGGUACUGUACAAAAUCAACAUUGUCAACAGGGUCUACUGAUUUUAGUAAUAAUGUGACUUUGACUAAAUCAGAUCGCCUUGAGUGUACAACGACAACACUAACAACACAAAUCGCAAGAGUGGAGAGUACCAUGCCUACUAAUAUCGACAACGAAACUGGCACAGUUACCGCGACGGUAGAAAUGCCAUCAAAUGCGAAAAAGUUAGGUCCAGAUAAAAGCACCAAAACUGAAAGCGUUAUCGUCAACACAACAAACAACGCUAACUCUACCGAGGAAAACAAAAGUGAAGAAUCUAUUGCGAAACAAAACAUUUCAGUUACCCAGUUGGCUGUUAUUAUUUGCGGGCCAUUUGUUUUCUUUGUCAUCGGACUUGUUGUGCUCGUUUUCCGAAAGAAACUGUGUUCGUGCUCGAGAGGAAAGCAUAAUCUUACAAUGCUGAACAAGGAAAAUAAUUCAGUCGAGGGGGACAUAAAUAUGGCUAUUGUUUCAAACAAUGCCACUUCUUCUAAUCCAACUUCCUCCUGGAUGGAACCGGUGUCCACGCAUAGUGAGGCUGGUCUAAAUACAAAACGGCAAUGUGCACAACAUGGAGAUGAACAACAAGACUUGGGCAUUGAAGACUGUAUUGAUGAUGACCCCUCGUACAGUCGUGUGAGAGAUAUCGCGACAAAACGCGACGAUUUUGGCUCAAACACCAACAGUAAUCCACACCAAAUACACGAUGGCCAUAGCUAUGACAAAACAUUGGAUGACGACUGGUUGUACAGUAGUGUCAACGAUCUUCAAUCUUGUGCAGAAAAGGGGGCAUGUGGCUUUACUGAACAUGGACAAGAACGCCCAUUUACAGAUCCACUUAACACAAAUAUGAGCAAGGCUGUGCCUUAUUCGAUUGUAAACAUAGAACCACCGCCUCAUAGCAACAGGUACAAAGACAACCCACUGUACACGUUUAAUGCAACGCCUCUAGACAGUGAUGAUCCACUAAAUUCUAAAGUAAGGGAUAACAAUCUCCAUGCAACUGCGAACCAUCCAAUAUACCCGGAUAAUCUUCUAACCAUGCACGAUUGCAAACCAAGUACACCGUGCGGUUUUGAUAGUGAACGUGAAGAUGAUCCACUUUACUCAAUUGUUAACAAAAAAGACUCACUGCAUGCACCGUUGAGGAAGAAAAACCAAAUGGCUGAGACAUCGAAUGGUUCCUUUGAUACCGAUGCAAACGAUGUUGACCCUCAAUAUUCCGUAGUUGACAAGAAGAAAAUCAUAGGUAUGGAGACAAAUGACUGGAAUCGAACUGUGCCACAAGCACCAGCAUGUUUCGACUCGUUCGUUCCACUAUACAGCAAAGUAAACAAGAAAACCAAGAAAGGUAUCGCUUAG